AUGAAGAUGCUAGCCAUCGUUCUUUUCCUCGCCCUCUUGGGUCUCGUUGCCGCUCAGGGCUUCCUCGGCAACUGUACCUGGCGCGGCGCAAACCUGACGGGCACCUUCCUGGGCAUGUACUGCCAGGAUGACGACCACGUGCACUUCGACUACAAAUGGACCUGGCACGACCUCAAUCGCUGCAUCAUCAACAACGGCGGCCAGCUCUAUCCCUACGAAACUGGCGGUUACGCCGGCUCGUGCCGCGACUGUGGCAUCCAGGGCAUGGGUUCGCAUUUCUUCAACAUUGGCUGCAACUGCUUUGACACCAAGGGCGACUUGGUUAGUUCCGUAUAUGAUUUGAACCAGGUCCUCUGGAACCAUGAUGGCGCUCUCGGGUGCUUCGGUCACGAGGGAAACAAGACUCAGUGUGGUCCGAUGUGCGAUCCCGGCUGGGUUCCGCCUCCCUACUCGACUCCGCUCCCCUCCAACGCCAAGCGCACCGCGGAGGCUACCAUGGCACCCCAAACGUUGAUCUGA